AUGAGCUCCGGCGGGCCCGGAGUCGCUCCCACCCCUCCGAUUCUUAUAAGCAGCAGUGAACCACAGGCAGCUUCUAGAACGUCUCCAGCACAGGAGAACAAAGAAUCUCAAAACAUUAGACACAAGAUGAGGCCACCUGGAUUUGCUACGCUGAAGAAUGCGAGGAUGGAGGAAAGGAACAGAAUGUCGAAAAAAGAGAAGCGAUUUGAUCCUGCCCGGGCGCCUAUCCCCACAAGAAUGCCUGAAUACUUCAAUGUCAACUUAAUACAGCACCAGUUGCCCCACCAGACCCAGAACUAUCUGUUAACUGGCGAAGAACUGAUAGCAGCGUGUGCACACAACAUGGAAGACCAAGUCUAUUACUUAAUCAAGGUGCGCAUGAGUGAUGUCAACUUCCGCUCGUUACCAACAGGGCAAACGCCGAUUAUGUUCUGUUCGAAUCCGCGAAUCGCUGAAAUUCUUCUGAAAGAAGGAGCAGAUCCAAACGCUCAAAAUCGCAUGGGGAAUACAGCACUUCAUUUCGCCGUGGCGGACAACAAUCUAGACAUGGCGGCGAUGUUGCUAAAGUAUGGAGCUCACCGACGACUCAAGAAUGCCUCUUCUCAGGGGAUAACGCCUUGCCAGAUCAGCAUCAAUCAAGACGUGGCGAAAGAAAUUCAAGCAGCGCGAGUUCCACCAAUGGAUACGAUCAUCUGGCCGCGCCAGUUUCCACGAAACGCACCGCUUGACAACAUGCUCUGUAUCGACUUUGAAAUGAUUGGCAUCGCCAACCCGCAAUGGGGACAUCAUGUGAUGCUCGAUUUUCCGAUUGAAGUCGGUAUUGUGGACUCGAACUUGAACACCGUAUAUCACCGUCGCUGCCGCCCAGACUUUCUUCCGCAAACCGGAAAGUUAUCAGUCAAACAUUUCAAGAAGCUAUACUCGCCUCCGAUUGACAGAACACUCGAUCGACCAAGCAUAGAUUUGAGAACUUGGAUCACUGGAAUCAGGCCUGGCGAUCUCGACUACCAGCCACUCGCUUCACAAGUCCUUGCCGAAGUCCGUCAAAUAAUUCAAGGAAAAUACCUAGUUGGUCACUCAAUUGAACACGAUCUUUGCGUUCUCCAGCAUUUUGGCCCUCCAAGUCAAGGAAUCCGCGACACUAGUCAAUUUCUCCGAUGGAAAGGAAAGAAAAUUUCAUUAAAAAAGGCCGCGAAGACUUAUUUGGACGCCGAGAUUCAAGUUUCUAGCCACAGCGCGUUGGAAGAUGCCAAGACAACGAUGGAGCUCUAUUUGCUUCUAAAGGAUGAAUGGGAAAGUUCAGAUGAGCCAUUCCUUCUUCCAGCGAACCAAAUUCGACAGGUCGUCAAAGACUCCGAAACAACUCCACAAAAUGAUAAAAAGCCCGAAGAUAAGUCAACAUGUCCGACAGAUGAAAAACCAGCCAACAAUGAUGGCUCAAGCUCCAGUACCACAGAAGAAGCUCCGACAACAAGUCAAGAACCCAAACACGCGCAACCGACCCCAGAAAACAAUCAAGAUUCUUUUAACCAAAAACUUUCCGACCUUUCUCUGUCGCCACCGAUUAUUAAAAGCGGCGGAAAUUCAACUGCUUGA